UUCAUCUUUGGAUUUAUGGAGGCUGACGAGGCAUGGGUAGGAAAUGUUUCAGAGAGACCAUUGAAAUUAUUUAUUACGACAGCGUCUGAAGUUCCCGUGAACGUCAAUGUUUCUGCUCCAAUGGCAAAGACCCUCUACCAUGGAAACCGAUUUACCGUUAAAAAGGGGACCAUAAAGCAAAUAUCUAUUCCUAAGUCUCUCAGAGUAAAGGGAACAAAGCUUGCUAAGAAAGCAAUUCACAUUGUCUCUUCCGAUGAGAUUGUUGUUUUCGGAAUAAACCAGGCGACAUAUUCUACCGAUGGCUUUCUUGGAAUACCUGUGGAUGUUUUGGGAACUAAAUAUUUUGUUCCUUCUUUCUAUUCAACUGCUCAAAAGUUUUACCAGUCGGCUGUUCUCGUAGUUGGAACACAAGACAACACGAAGCUGAACAUCAAACUGCCUAUGAAACAUAAAAUAAACAUACAUCUUGCAGGAAAGAGCUAUAAUCAGGGUGACUGGAUCAACAUUACAAUUAAUAAAUUUGAUACAUUACAGCUUCUUUGCCAUGCUGAUCUAACAGGUACCCUUGUUUUAUCUUCAGAGAAAGUAUCUGUUUUCGGAGGGUCGACUGUAACAUCCAUCGGAAUAGGAUUUUCUCGCGAUCACAUUGAAGAACAGAUACCACCUGUAAAUGUUUGGGGGAAAAGGUUUGCAGUCAAUCCAUUUCCCGACACAGAGCCAAAUAUUCUACGAUUUUUGGCAAGUGAAGAUAACACUACAGUCGUCAUUGAUAAUAAGAAUAUUCAUAUAAUGGCUGGAAAUUUUCAUGAGACACAUGUGAAUAGAUUUGUGUUUAUUUCUUCGAACAAGCCAAUUUUAUCUGUGCAGUACGUUCCAAGUGGAACAUGUAUAGAUUUUUUUCCAUUACCAGGCUGCCAUAAAGGCGAUCCCGCUAUGGCUUUAAUUCCCCCAAUAGAACAAAGUAACAUACUCUACUCGUUUUUAACUCCAGUUUCCUCCAAGAAUUUGAACUUCAAUAACAUUUUCAUGUUCGUUAUAGAAGAUUCUCAUGAAAAUGGACUACUGCUUGACAACAAACACAUCAGAAGGAGAGACUUCCACAGCAUAGUACACAGGCACAAUCUAACGGCUGGGUAUCUACAGAUACCACCCGGUAGUCAUACUAUACAGCAUUCUUCCAAAACAUUGCCAUUCGGAGGGAUACUCUAUGGCGGUAUCCAGUAUGAGUCGUAUGCUUUCCCUGUUGGUCAAAGGUUUGCCACGAUAAAUAAGAAAGAAUGUCGUCCUACUAUAAUGGAUAUUGGGGAUGGUGUAGAUAACGAUUGCGAUGGACAAGUAGAUGAAGAGAUUUGUGAUGAUUCAAAAGAUAAUGAUAAGGACGGACGAAUGGAUGAAGAUUGUUUAAUAAAAUUAAGUAUAUCUACACCAUUGGCAACAGAUUCAAAAUCAAAUACAGCUACAAAAAUUCUUUACCUUAAGGCAACUGCAACAACAACAUGGAAAAGAACAUUAACAUCGUUACCAACUACUAAAGCAACACUGAUACCAACACCUACAACAUUGAGUCCAACACGCAAAGAAGAUACUCAUAUAAGUGAGGACCCCCGACAUCCAGUGUGGCUUUCCUACACAGAGUACGGUAUAAUUGGUGGCGUUACUCUAGUUGCUUUUGGAGCCAUUAGUUUAUGCUGUAAGAAAUGCCUGGGUCUGUUGGCAAAGCGUGACGACGACGACGAAGAAGAAGAAAAACAAGAAGAAUACAGACGAAAAAUGUACAAGAAAGCUCGACAAGCCUUUGGAGCUCCUGCUAUCAGACCAUUGUAG